UAUGUAGUAUAACCAACAUAAGCAACACCUCCUUUAAGACUUCUAUGAUGAUAGCAAUGGUAGAGCACGUGCAGAAGGUAUAAGCGAUCGAGGUCAUGCCUUGAUUUCCAUCAUCAUUAUGAUGUGGAGUUGCGCUGGGUUACAUUGCAACGUCAGACCACGGUUGGCUGCCUCAAAUUUCUCUUCCGAGCCACAUUUGGAUAUAAUAUGAAUCUGCUGUGCAGCGAUCGGCCUUCUUCUCUUGGACCCGGAAACAUUUUCUGUAUUGUAUCCCUUUCAGAGCACCAAGCACCAAGCACCAAGCCAAAAAUGGCGAAUCAGAAUACGCAAAGUAACGCUCAGCCCCAAGGUCGGUCACUUUUUUUCUCUUGUCUCGUCUGAUCAUGUCUUGAGGCUCCAUGUAAACAUCCACGUUUGGACUCGGCAAAGUGUUUUGCAUCCUUUUCCAAGACCCUAUCACAGUUGAGGUUAUAGCCUUUCUAAGAAACAUGAAUAAACUAACCUCAGGUGAAGACAACUCUGUAGUAGGAGUAGCCGACCCUGUUGUUUCUACAUCUACAUCUACAUCCGAGGAGUCAAGCUCAACAAAGAAGGUAGACGAGAAGCCGGCUUCAGAUACAACAGUUCCGGACUCUAUUGUUGAGUCUGUCGUCGAGGGACCUCCAGGAAGGACCUCAGCGACCGAUCUCAGCUCACCUGAUCCAUUAAACUUCGGUCGGCAUCGCCGCGAAAAUGUCUCGCAGCGACAGAUGAAAAUCGACCAUCCUAACGGAAACAAGAAGAAGCUGAAGAAGUUUUAUACUAGACAGAAUGAUCUCAUCGACCAAUUUCUAGGUGCCGAUGAUGAGGAACGGCUGCAGGUAGAGGAAGACGUUCGCGUGGCACCUAAGAUUAAGUUCGCGGUCAACGCCUCCUUUACUGUCAACUUCUGUCUCUUCGUAAUUCAGCUUUAUGCUGCCGUUUCGACUGGGUCGCUAUCGCUCUUUGCCACUGCUGCAGAUGCAUUUAUGGACCUCGUGUCGUCUUUUGUAAUGCUUAUAACUUCCCGCCUUGCAGCUAGGGCCAGCAUUUAUAAGUACCCAGUGGGUCGCACCCGGAUCGAAACCAUAGGUAUCAUCCUUUUCUGUGCGUUGAUGACUACGGUUGCCAUCCAAUUACUCGUCGAAUCUGCACGUGCCCUUGGCGGGGGACCUUCCGAAUCUUCUGAACUCCAUAUUAUUCCCAUUGUUUUCGUGAGCAUCGCUAUCUUCGCGAAGGGUAGCUUGAUGCUUUACUGUCUUGCAUAUCGCAAGUAUCCAUCCGUCCAUGUCUUCUUUAUCGAUCACCGCAACGACAUCGUCGUCAAUAUUUUUGGUCUAGUUAUGUCAGUCGUUGGAGACCGAUUCGUUUGGUAUCUUGACCCUAUUGGUGCCAUGUGCAUUGCGCUCCUGAUUCUCUUCUCUUGGGUUGCCAAUGCAUUCGAGCAAGUGUGGCUCCUCGUAGGAAAGUCGGCUCCAAAUGAGUUCGUAUCGAAGCUCAUCUACAUGAGCAUGACCCACGACCCGCAGAUCCGAAAGGUGGAUACGUGCCGAGCAUAUCAUGCCGGACAGAAAUACUACGUCGAGGUCGACAUUGUUAUGGACCAGGAUGUCCCGCUUAAGAUUUCACACGACGUGAGCCAAUCUCUGCAGAGGAAGCUGGAAGGCCUGGGCGACGUUGAACGGGCAUUCGUCCAUGUUGAUUACGAUGCCGAACAUGAUCCGCAUGAGGAGCAUAAACCCCUAUAUGAAAAGAGGCAGAGCCGAACUCUGAAGGACAUUCUUCUUUUUAGGAAGAAGCAAGGUGAGGACGAAUUACGACGAGUGGAGAACACGGAGACGUGAAGUGAACCCUGUCACUCGCUACGAUGCCCAUGAUAGGCAAGAGGUUUGGAGAGAGGCCGGAGUGGAGGCCAGACCUGAGACAUACAUAUGUACGUCUG